GCUCUAAGAUUUUCGCCUUCCUUAUUUCUGCUGAGGGAGGAAGUCAGAUUUCCCAGCAUUCCGCCGUGGCAAGGUCCUUCCUGUGUGUCCGCCAUUAGAGAAAGAAGACAUGGCAAUCAGGUAUCCUAUGGCUGUUGGCCUUAACAAAGGCCACCCAGUCACCAAGAAUGUGGCCAAGCCCAAACACAGCCGUAGGAGAGGGCACCUGACCAAGCACACCAAGUUCGUCCGCGAUAUGAUCCGCGAGGUGUGUGGCUUCGCCCCCUACGAGAGGCGCGCCAUGGAGUUGCUGAAGGUGUCCAAGGACAAACGUGCUCUGAAGUUCAUCAAGAAAAGGGUGGGAACUCACAUCCGCGCCAAGAGAAAGAGGGAAGAGCUCAGCAACGUCCUGGCUGCAAUGAGAAAGGCUGCUGCCAAGAAGGAAUAAGUUGUGUAAUAGUACAAAAUAAAUAUUUCCAAAAAAAUGCAA